AAGGCUGUCCCGUUUGAAUGUGCAGGGAUUGGAAGGGACCAUUUCCAUGGACCAUCUGUCUCACAGGCUAGUGAUACAACAAAGGGAGCCAGGAUGGUGUUAGUACAUGUUGGAUAUUUGGUUCUUCCCGUAUUUGGCUCUGUAAGAAAUAGAGUAUCGAGGCUGGCGCUACAUUCCGCAUUUCUCAGACCUUUGUCCCCCUUCAUUGUGUAGCUAACGAUCAUCUGCUGCUGUCUGCCGUAGCCUCUGCCUGUUCUCUGCAUCUAGCUGUAUUGUGAACCCCUUCUUCUUCAUUUCCUCUUUUCAUCUGAAGACGACAUUGGCAUUAAAACCCGAGUUCUCCCACUCAUACCGUAUCCUUCUGUGUAACAGACUAAAGAAUAACACCUUCUCUAGAAAACAGUUUGUCUUUAUUUAAACUGUCAUGUUGCUCUUUAGUACAUAAUCCAUUGUAGCAUUAGGCCUAUUACUACAAAAUGUCGUUGUGAUUUUCCCAUUCAGUGUGGAUAGACUACAUUCUGCUGUAAAUUUCUGUAAAGUGGAUACAUUUUGACCCCUUGGCCCCCGAUUCGAUUAUAGCCAGGCUUGAUAGAACUUGUGGAUAGCUGUCUCCAGUCAUCCCCCUUCAAUCAAAGGUGAUGCAUUGUACCACUUCCAUAUCUGAUAGCCUGUUUGAAACAUAAAUCACAUUCAUUCCCCCUCCCAAAUGCUAUCAUCCUAAUCACAUUUAAACCAAUUGGACAGUAACUGGCUGCAAUAUAUCUGCAUUCUAAUUUGCGUGUCUUUAUUUCUCAAACGAUCUGAAAUUGCCACCUUUGAUGGUCCACUGCACCUGUUCUAGUGGCUAAACGGCCAGUCGUAAUCCUAACCAUGUGUACGAGCCAUUUUCUUCUAAUUUAAUUAACCCAUUUAGUUUGUCACUGCGAAUCUACGAGAAUUAACUCGACUCGCCGUCUAAAAUUCCCUUUGUGAUCCAAUAUCAUGCCAAACUCCCCAGUAUCUUACACACCUCCACAUAAUGCUAUCCAUUUUACAGGGAUGUGUAUAUCCCGCACUGCUGUAAAACUCCUUUUAGAAUCAAAGUGUCUUUAUUCUUUGGUUGUGCUUUCUCUCUACCUUAUGUUCUUGUAUUAGAACCUAAUGCAUGAUCAUUUUUUAAAUUCUGUUUAUGUUUUCACAUUGAACAGCAGAUUCCAAUGUAAUCUUUGUGUAGAGAUGUCCCUGCUGUACUGAAAUGUGCUGUAGCAUACACAUCUACUCAUUGGAUGCUGCUUCUGUUCUGUUAAUCUUACAGAGCAUGGUCAGGCCUUGCCUUUGGUCAUUAUUUGCAUGUAGUUGCAUUAUUACUAUUAUCACACAGUGCCACACAUACUAAUAUUUUCCAAUAAAGACUUCUAGUAUUUUUCCUAACCUUCAGUGUGCUUUUUGCUGAUUUCCAUGUGUUUUUCCACUCCACCGUGCUGUCACUGAGGCAGUCCCCCCUCUAUCUCUGUGCUCUCAUAUCUCUCUUUGCGAAGGCACUUUAUUAAGGUGCUGCUCUCUCCCGAGUCCCAAUCAUAGGAUUAGGGACAGCCAAAUCUCUUGUCCUGCUGUGAAAAUUCAUUUUGACUGAGACAUGGGAGUGUAGGAAACAUACAGUCAACCCCCCCCCCCCCCCCCCAAUCAAUACACAUUCCAUCUGUAUUUAACGGUCUCUUGUCAACAUUGCUUGUAUACUAUAGUAGUAGUGACCAAAACUUGCUCCUCUUUUCAUCCUUUCCGCCUGUCUCGGUUUUAGUAGAGUUAACAUUGUCGCUAUCGGGUUACGAAAGUAUUAUUCCGUAUUAUGCACAGUGUCACACGCAACUGAUGAAUUUGGCUUUACGUUUUUUGUGAAAUAUUAGUCUUGAAUUGGCGUCUUUCAGAUACUGACCAGGAUUGGAGAUUUGGAGUUUUGUUAUGAGGCUGAAUACGCACCUUGAAGUCCCUCUACAUAACACAAAACAUUAAACACUGAUAUAAAUGCUAUGUCGGUUCUGUUUACUAUGUUGUUCUUGAAAAGUGUCUUGACAGAAGGGGCACCAGCCAUUCAAUAGCUAUACAGAGUGGGUAAACACAGGGCAUUUGAAUGUUACAUUUAAUUGCUUUAUAAAACAAUAAACUUAUAGGCUAGCCUAUCUCAAAACUAGCAAGUAAAAGGUUUAUAUUGACAACAAUACUUUGCCACUUCUUUACCUUGACAUAUAUGCACUUAGAUGCAUAUUCUCCUUUGGUUCAUUAUGGAAUGGCAACUAGCUGUUUAGAUGACCUAGAUCAAUCAGCAGAAAACCAAACUCAAUUAGCAAAACAACUUUCUCUAUGCCCGUAUUUUGUUUUUGUUAAAGCACAUUGAAUGAAACUGUAUUCCAAGUGGAUUUGAACAUAUCAAUACAAUUUACAGUAAAAUACAUUGCAUAAACCCUACUAAGGUAGAUUACAUCUGUGACAAGCAUUACACCUUAGUGAGUGUCGUUGGUACCUCUUUGCUAUGUCUUCAGCAGACUUCUUUGUGGGUGUAUCACUUUAACACACUGAUGUAAUUAGCCUAAAUAAGUGUGAUUAGAAUAUGGCAAAACAUUUGUUCAGGGAGAAAGUUUAUGUGGGCUAGGCUUAUUUGUUUAUUGAUAAUAGAAAAGUAUGCUAGAUUGUGUUCAAUUUGGUCUUCACAUGACCAAUUCAAUAAAACUCCAUUUAUAGUACAGAGCAUGCAUACUCAAGACUGCCUUCAUUACAUUUACAUUUUAGUUAUUUAGCUGAUGAUCUUCAUAGCCUGAUUCCUCGAACAUUUGCUAAAAACCUGUAUGCUACCCAGCCAGCAUAGAUGUUAUCUGCAUAUGAGAGUUUUAGACCAGCCUCAUGGUCUGGUUCUUCUCUAGGUUUCUUCCUAGGUUUUGGCCUUUCUAGGGAGUUUUUCCUAGCCACCGUGCUUCUACACCUGCAUUGCUUGCUGUUUGGGGUUUUAGGCUGGGUUUCUGUACACCACGUUGAGAUAUCAGCUCAUGUAAGAAGGGCUAUAUAAAUACAUUUGAUGUGAUUUGAUCUUAUCCAGAGCAACUUACAAUUAGUGCAUUCAUCUUAAGAUAGCUGUGAUGUGUAGUCCCAACUAGCUAUCUCAUGUUCUUGUGAGGAGAGGCUUUCUAUCACAGUUGCUUGUACUAAGAGGUCCGGCUAAGGUUCAUAGCCUUCCUACCUUGAGCACGCAGGUAAAGGCUAUUGUCAGCGCCUUAUUCUUCAAAGACUUACAAGGUCAUAUUAGGCAGUCAAUGGCAUACGUUAUUCAACACUGCUGUAAUGUUCCAUGCAAGCAGCUGCUUUAUAUUUCGUUUUACAUUUGCAUUCUAAUCAUGAGAUGAAAUAGUACACAUACCACAAUGAUUAAUACGAGUGCCUUAUUUUACUAUACUUUACUAAGCACGGGACACCUAUCCAUAAUGUCUUAUGAAUCUUUUGGGUUAUUUAUAUGCAUAAGGUAUUUUCUUAGCUACCCCCUCAAACCAAUUUCAUACUGCCGGAUAGGCCGACAUACUAAAUCCUUCAGGAUUGGUUGAUAGCUACUGCACUGCUUAGCCUACACAUUACCUCGUCCCCUCCCCUAUUCGUGCAUUGUAAAGUAAUGGGAUGCUCAUGCUACCGAUGGAAUGGGGUGUGUAGUGUAGAUGGGGAUUAUGUUGGGGAGAGUAGUAGCAGUGAUUAUAAAACUGCAGAGACAACCGGGUCAGACUGCUGCAGUCAUGGGUGGGCAGGGCUACAUGCCUGUCAGUCAAACGGGGGAGACAUGCCGCACUGUGGGGAGGGGCUGGCUGUAUGUGUGCACAUGCUGCUCUGGAGGGGCUGAAGGCUCAGAUAUGCACCAGUCAGGAGAUUUUACAGCCUGAGCUCAGCGCUGAGAGAGUUAUGUGCAGAGAGAGGCUAUGCUGCAGAUGCUGUAAGAGGUGCAAUGUGUGCCAAAUAAGGCUUAUUUCAUAUGCUAUUUUAUAGUCCUUCUAUGGUCCAUUUAUGAUUAUAAUCAUCAUGGCACUGAUAGUUUCCACCUCGUUCUUGUUAUUUAAAUGUUUUUAUUUAACUAGGUAAGUCAGUUAAGAACAAAUUCUUAUUUACAGUGAUGGCCUUCCGGGGAACAGUGGGUUAACUGCCUAUAUGAAGAAAGAAAAAAAAAAGAGAUGAUUAUGUUUCUUCUUUGUUAUUAGGGUCUGUUUAACCCAUUUGUUAUUGGGGUCCCUGUAUCUUUGCACAACAGUGACGUAAAGCAUUGCGACAGAACGGAGUGAAAAUGUCUUGAAACGGCGUCCUGUGGUCCACCAAAACCAGAAGCCAACUUUUUUUUCUGCUCUACUUCCACAGCCAGCAAACACAAUUUCUCCUCUUACGGAUUUGAGGUUCACUGGGGUUCCUAUGUCUCGAGGCAAUAUCUACUGUAGCAAAAGAAUAACCAAGCAGAAUCUGUCUCCUCGGGUUUGUGACUUGAACAGUCACACUGCUUUGAAUUACGUUGGCUAUGAAGUACAAGGGGAAAAAAGGAAUGUUGACCUGAAGUACCCUCCGGAUUGUAAUUUAAUAACCACUGUAUCAAAGAAAUGUAUUUAAAUAAGUGUAAUUUCUUACAAAAUAUGUAAUCAUCAGCUAAAAAUGAACCCAUAGAGCGUUUAGAACCUCUGCUUAUCGUAAUCAUUACGUAGACAUGUAAUGCAGGUAGCCUAGUGGUUGGAGUGUUGGGCCAGUAACCAAAAGGUUGCUGGAUCGAAUCCCUGAACUGACAUGAUAAAAAUCUGUCGUUCUGCCCCUGAACAAGGCAGUCAACCCACUGUAGCCGUCAUUGUAAAUAAGAAUUUGUUAUUAACUGACUUGCCUAGUUAAAUAAAGGUGACAUAAUUUUUUGAAAUAUAUAUUUUUUUAAACAUUACAAAGGCAGUGCUACUGUAAAUUCCCUUCCAAACAGUAAAGAUGAUGAUUGCACUCUUGUCUCUGCAUCAAAUUGGAACAACAUUGCAUAGCUGUUUUACAAGCCACUUUUUAUCAUUAUGGAUUUUAGUAGUAGCAUUUUAUCACAGUAACACAGUGGGGGGGGGGGGGCUUUAACUAGGAUGGCACUAAAGAUGUCUAUACAUGGAGCCUGGCCAUUCAUAGUCACAGUCUGUGGGUUUGUGCUUUUCACAUGAGGCCUGCCUGCAUGUCUAAAAGAAGAGAGCCAUCCCAACCCCCCCAGACCUUGGUGUCUGUCCCCCUGCGCAGACAGCUGGUAGACUAUAACUGGAGACUAUAACGGGAGUUAAAGGAGCAGCUGCAGUGCCUCCCCCUCCCCACACUUCCCUCCUCUGGGCGUAAUGGAUAUUGAUUGUUUGGCUGUGACCCAGCACCAUGCUGAUUCAGCAGGUUGGCCAGAGCUUCACUCACUACUCCUCCUUCCAUAGACCGAGAGGCAGCCCAAACCCAGGGUUGGUACAUGAGUAAUAUACAGUGCCUUUAGAAAGUUCAUACACCUUGACUUAUUCCACUUUUUGUUGUUACAGCCUGAAUUCUAAAUUGAUUAAAUAUGCUUUUCUUUCCACCCAUCUACACACAAUACCCCAUAAUGACAAAGUGAAAACAUGUUUUUGAAAAAUGUUAGCAAAUUUAUUGAAAAUUAAACACAGAAACAUUUAAUUUACAAAAGUAUUCACACCCCUGAGUCAAUACUUUGUAGAAGCACCUUGGGUGGCGAUUACAGCUUUGAGUCGUCUUGGGUAUGUCUAUCAGCUUUACACAUCUGGAUUUGGGGAUUUUCUCCCAUUUCUUCCUAGCAGAAUUUCUUAAUCUCUGAAAAGUUAGAUGGGGUGUGGCAGUGAACAGCAAUCUUCAUGUCUUCCCACAGAUUUUCAAUAGGAUUCAAGUCUGGGAUUUUCCUGGGCCACUCAAGGACUUUCACGUUCUUGUUCUGAAUCCAUUACAUCGUUGCUUUGACUGUAUGCUUGAAUUCAUUGUCCUGUUGGAACGUAAAUCUUCGCCCCAGUCUGUUUGCACUUUGAUAACAGAGCUCAGCAGAUUUGGCCCCAUUCAUUGUUCCCUCGAACUUUACUAGUCUUCCAGUCCCUGCCACUGAAAAGCAUCCCCAUAGCAUGAUGCUGCCCUCACCAUGCUUCACGGUAGGGAUGGUGUAAGACGGGUGAAGAGCUGUGCCUGGUUUUCUCCAGACGUAGGGCUGGGCGAUAUGACCAAAAUAUCAUAUCACUGUAUUGUAAUUUUUUAAAAUAAUAUUGACAAUUUGAAAUGUUUAUUUAUUUUUUGCUUUGAGUGGUGUGUGACCCUAGGUUGGCAACACAUACAUUGAAAGUGAUUUCAAUAGGUUUUUCUCCGUUAUACUGUUCAAUUAAACUUAAACCUAAAAUAAUUUUCAGCAUUUUCAUACAUUUCUGCAUUCCCUGCAAUCAUUUGAGAUCAUUUCCACAAUGCCACGUAGGGCUGCACGAUGUUGCAAUUGUGAUUUGACUUGCGAUUCAGAGCACAACACUUGGGUGAACUUUUAGAAUUAUAUAAAUAUAAUGAAUAUUCUAUAGUUAGAAUAUAAUAGUGGGCAUUUUGAAUACAGUGUUUGACAUGCCAACUAAUUAAAAUGCCAGGGAGGAGUUAUUGUCACAGGGUAGGAACCAAAGUGUUUGUUUUCUAGGGGACCCUAUAAUCUUUGGCUACAUUUUGUUUUCUUUUAGCUACUUCAUGUUGCUAACAUUAAUGCUUUGCACAUUCCUCUUUGAUUUAGUAGAUACUGUUGCACAAACAACAUGCUUAUUUAGGUCUACACCAUCACUGGUAUUAUCAGGCUGUAUAGCGUAUUACGUUUGCGCUGACACAGCUGGCUAGCUAGCUAAUAAAUGUACUAACUAGCGAUUAGCAUUAGCGGCUAAAAAUAUUUAGGUCCAACUUGCUAGGAAAAGACAAACUAGCUGUUUGCAGAUGUAAGAAACACAUACUAGUAGUGUAAAUCUAGAACGCUAGUGGAUUUAAAUUAAGAAGCUAAGUGAAGCGGCAUUGUUGUCGCAUGUGCUGCAUUGACCAUGCAGACUGAACGCAAGUGUGCUCCUCAAGUGACGGGAUGGGGCUUGGUCUGUGUGGAAGCGGCAUGGAAAAAGAGUGCUGAGAGAGAACUCAAGUAGUGAAGUAAUCUAUAGAAAUGGACUUACACACGGCAUAUCACAUAAAAAAUAUAUAUACAUUCAAAAAGUUGUUAAGUAAAAACUCAAACCGGUCCAUACAUCAAUACCGGUAUAUUGUAAAAUACGGUAUACCGCCCAGCCCUAAGACAUAGUGCUUUGCAUUCAGGCCAAAGAGUUAGGUUUUUGUCUCAACAGACCACAGAAUCUUUUGCCUUGUGAUCUGUCUUUCAUGUGCCUUUUUGCAAACUUCAGGCGUGCUGUCAUGUGCCUUUCUCAGGAGUGUCUUCGGUCUGGCCACAUUACCAACUACAGCGCAAAUGAAGGAAAGGAGACAAGGAGAGGAAACCACUUUAAAUUAUUGAACCGCACCCCACAGCCCAUAACGGCUGGUGGUUUUAGCUGUUGAUCCUAUAAUGCCAGGCUCCAUAAUGAGAGGCCUGUAGGCCUAGUGCACGUAGGUCUAAUGGUAGUGCAACAGUUACAUCGCUCAGCAGGAAGCCCAGCAGUUAGAGAGUUGGGCCAGUAAACGAAACGUCAAUGUUUUGAGUACCUGAGCCGACAAGGUGAAAAAUCUGUCUGUGCCCUUGAGCAAGGCACUUAACCCUACUUUGCUCCAGGGGCGCUGUACUACUAUAGAUGACCCUGCAAAACAAAGCCUUUCACUGCACCUAUCCAGUUUGUGACAAUAAAAUAUAUUAUUUUAACAUAGAGACAGGUAGAUUAUAUAUGAUGUUCAACAGUGGCUCUGAAUAAGUACCAUGCUAAAGAAUAUUUUUAAAUAUGUGCCGCCACAAUUCACAGGAACUCUGCACGAGAAUCUUACGUUCAUUAUGUGCCGCCACCAUUCACGGGAACUCAGGACGAAAAUCUUACGUUUGUUAUCUUAUGCUCAGGUCCAAUUUAAAACCAGGGUACUUAUUCAUAAUUCAUUAUACAAACCCACUUAAACCAAAGUCCACAUCAAACCUUGAAAUCUAACCUAGUGGAUAUUAUCAGAAGCAGAGAUUCAAUCCACAAAACAAAACGUCAGUCAUAGUGCCCAGUGUACCCCUUCGCUCCCAGCUCACCCUGUAGAACGACAGGAAAUGAGCAGGACAGUUGGGCUCUCUCUGGAGCUUAGAGGUCGCUCUAUGGUCUUUGUGCUCUUUCAUCUCUUUUGUGUUCCGUCUUCCUGGGUGAGGUCGCUUUCUGUUUUCUCGCUGUGUGUGAGUGAUAUGUAUGACGGUGUGUGAGUGAUCUGUAUUUCUAUUUAUUUUAUUUAGCCAGGUAGGCCAGAACAAGUUCUCAUUUACACCUGCGACCUGGCCAAGAUAAAGCAAAGCAGUGCGUCAAAAUCAAACAGAGUUAUACAUGAUUACGGUGUGUGAGUGAUCUGUAUGACGGUGUGUGGGUGAUCUGUAUGAUGGUGGGUGAUUGAUCUGCAUGACUGUUAAAGUGUGAUCUCUGUUGUGUGUCUUUCUGACUGCGUUUCCGAUUGAUGUCUCUCUGUUCUGACUGUUUGAUGUCUGUGUGUGUGGUUUCUGUCUGAAUAUGAUCUGUCUGGCUGUAAUUGCUCUCUGUUAUUUGAUUUUGUUAUGUUACCUUAUGUGAUUGUGCUGCCUGUUAGAGCUGUCUGUGUAAUUGGUCUGUGUGAUGUUUGAUUGAGUUUGACAGAUGACUCCCUCUACUAUCUGACUGAUUUUGUGUGAUCACUCUCUACUCUCUCUGGUGUCUUGUCUGAUUGGGUGAGUGAGUUCUCUUGGUUGAUCUCUUUGUGUGGAUAUGAUUGGUGUCUCCAUAUCGUUUGAUGGCAGUGUCUUCUCUGUCUUGAUUGGUUGGGACCAACUUCCUCUGAAUCCUGAUUGGGUGUACUUGUCUCCUGCAGGGGCACAAUUCACCAGGCAUCAGCACAGCCAUGCUACCUCGUGCCGACACUUCCACCUAGGGGCCCCUCAGGCGCCCAUCUCCGCUGAGUUCCCCUUGGGUCACACCAGCCAACCCCCCCAGACUGGCCUGGCCCCUCACCAGCCCCCGGCCCCUCACCACCCACCUCCCCUGCCGGCCCCCCCUCAGUUCCAGGACGUUACUGGGCCUCCGUUCCUACCUCAGGCCUUACACCAGCAAUACCUCAUCCAGCAGCAGCUUCUAGAGGCGCAGCACCGCAGGAUCCUCCCACACUCCAGACGAACUCUGGAGCGCGCUCCUCUGAACCCUCACAGACUCCGCUCGGGGUACGACUACUCCCCUCCCAUCCAUAUCCCCCAGCCAAUCAGCCAGCAGCCGCGCUACCUGGCCGAGGGCACAGACUGGGACCUUAGUGUGGACGCUGGCCUCUCUCACCAUCAGUUCCAGCUCCAGCAGCUUCCACAGCACUAUCAGCAUUACCUGGCGGCAUCCCCAAGAAUGCACCACUUUCCCAGGAACACCUCGUCUGCACAAGUGGUUGUGCAUGAGAUCAGAAACUACCCGUACCCCCAGCUUCACCUGUUGGCUCUGCAGGGCCUCAACCCCUCACGUCACGCUUCCGCUGUACGAGAGAGCUAUGAGCUGUUGCAGCUUGAAGACAGGUUGGGAAGUGUCAGUAGGGGAGCGGUUCAGACCACCAUAGAGAGAUUCACCUUCCCACACAAAUACAAGAAGAGGAAGCCUCUGGAUAUGAAGAUUGGCGAGGAGGGCGAGGAGACUGAUGUGGAUGAGAAAUGUACCAUCUGCCUGUCGAUGCUGGAGGAGGCAGAGGACGUCAGGCGGUUACCCUGCAUGCACCUCUUCCACCAGGGCUGUGUGGACCAGUGGCUGGCGACCAGCAGGAAGUGUCCAAUCUGCCGCGUGGACAUCGAGACGCAGCUCCACCCAGACAGCUGAUGUCCCAGGGGUGGAGCCUGACGGUCUGGCUGCUGUCAAUCACCCUGGCGUGGAUCCUGCUCCCUUCCACCCGGCCCUGCCUCUCCCAACAUGGGUGCUUUGCCAAAUGUCUCCAGUCGUCACGUGACAUCAUCACCCUCUCUGACUCACGCUUUACUGAGCCAAUCCAGGAUUACUUACUGCACGAGAGACCGGAGACUGACUCUCUCUCUCUCAAUAAAAGCACAUCCCCAGCAAAAAGACAUGCAAACACUCACGCAUACAUUACAUACUAUAUACACACGCGCACACAGGGUUUACUAGUUGCUUGCUGGUGGUUGGGUGUCGUUGCUGUUGUGUUGUAGUUAGGGGAGGCAGGUGUGUUUCCUGUGUCUUUGUAGCAUGUUCUUAAAGCCAUGACAUUAAUGUACAGAGUGAAAAGCACACAACCCCACUUGCCAGCCAGCCUGCCACAUACACACACACUGCUUAUUCUGCCACAACAGGAAGCUAAUCAACCACUUAAAAGCCCUGUCGCCAUGUUUGCCUACAGAUCAUUUGUGGUAGUACAGUAGCAGCAUCAGACACAGUGGUAUUUUGACCCCUCACUUUGUUAUAAGAGGGGGACUGAGUGUUCAGAACUCACCCAGCUUCUACGUUUUGCAAUACAGUAGUUGUAUUUUGUCCGAACACUGAUGGCAGCAUCAGUCCCAAGCAAAUGUACAACUAUUUCACUGCUGUCAUGUCGGCCUGCCCCAAUGCAUGGGGUGGCGUGUGUUUUUGAGUAAAUACAGAGGUUAGUGAGUGUUUUUAACCAAAUGUGUUAUGGUAUUGCUUGACCUGCCGCAAUGUGUGUGUUCUGCCCCAGUGUGUGGGUUUCAGUGUAUGUUUAACCAAUGCUUGCGUGACAAACUUAGUGCAGGUUCAAGUGUGUGUUAAAGGGUAAUAUAGAAGUUAGCUUAACAGUGAUUUGAUUGGAGUGCUUGUAGAAUACAAAGCCAAAUAAGGAAUAAAAAAUACAUUUAAAAAAUGUAGUAGGACCUAUCCCCCAUCAUGCACUGCAGUGACUGAGUGAGAUGUGGGGCCUUCUGGUUAAGCAGAAGUGUUAGCUGCCCUGGAAACAGCGACUCUGUGCCAUCCCCUCCUGCUGCAGGUGUUAAGGCUGAGCAUUGUAGUGAAAUGCAUGUUUCAAUGUUGGCUUGGGCUGUCGUGUUAGCGUUCAAAUAAAAAAUGGAGGGCAGAGGGUGUUGUCUGUGCAUGACUUAGUUAAUCUGAGCUGUGAUUAUCAACUCAACACAAACGAAGAAAAAGGGAGCACGAUGUCAGGGGUUGUCCCUGACCUGUAGCGUGUGUUCAUACUGUCCCUUUUUGGUGGCAAACAAAAUGGAAUCCUAUUGUUUACCUUAUUGCCUAAAGAACAAGCACAUGUGAUAGAUAUAGCAACAACCUCUUUUUGUUAUUGCAUUUGCGUUGGUUUCCGUAUAUUUAGGUAUAAACGCGCACUGUUUUGGACCGAGUGAGGAGCUUGUGUGUUGAACUUGUUUUUAUGUGUCAGAUCUCCCCUCGUGGUUGCUAUGCUGGUUGCUAUGCUGUAUUGCUAGAACAACAAUGUAGAAUGUUGUGUGAUGGGGGCAGUAUCCUCCCCACAGUGCAUAUGGACAGGUCUGGGCUGGGGUCACAAUGAGUACCAAAAUAACGGUCAUAGAACACUUUUUGUUGUCAAAACAACUCUUUACAUGUUGAUAUUGUGUGUUCUUUCCUUUUGUUUUUGUUGCUAUGUUAUGUCUGAGUCAAUGUGCAUGAACACUACAUAGGUUUUUAAGGAUUGGCACAGGUCCUGUACAAUGCAUUGAGGACUCGAUGUGAAGUAUUAGGACAGACCCUAAAUGACUGAAGGAUGAGUUGUGACGGAUUGGGACUGACCCUAACUGUCCUGUGCACUGCCAGUGUUGAUACUGACUCCUCCUUUAGUCUAGUUUUUUAUGGGAAGUUUUGAUAGUUUACACAGGGUGUUGUCAGUUGAGAUGCCUUAAGUAUUUAACAAUCAUUAUUUAUUACUAAUUGUAGAUAACGUGGGUAAGUAUUUAAUUUUAUAUCAUUUUUUUUGCAAUUUAAUCAUUUAUUUAUUUAGAUAUAACACAAAAUGGUUUUAAAAAAUUGAACGAUUACCUCUUUUUUGCAUUUUUGCAUUGUUUUAAUUCAAUGGGAAUGCUUCGCAUGCAGUUGUAUUUUUCCUGAAGAAACUAAACUAAAAAGACCUGCUGUUUGAUCUCUCUCCCCGAGCCGGCUGUGUUAUGUUUACUGUCCCGGGCUGAGCUGUCGAGCCUGCUCUUCUCAUGUGGUGCUGUGGAUAGUGGUGCUGUGGAUAUCUUGGUUACAUUCCAUUCAAUGCAAUUUUCUCUGAUACCUAUGCUGUGAUGUAGUGGACAAACUGCAAUGGAGUGAAAUGUUUAAGUUUGUAAUUAGUCUUGUUUUUCACUCAUAGUUUUAACAUGGGAACCCUCUCACUGGCAUAAAGCAGUUACGAUCGUAGAUGUAUUGUUAUUAUUAUUGUAUACUUUGUCAUUUCCAGUUCUCUGCCUCUCAUCCCUCUCUCCAUUCUUUCUUUUUUUAAAAGCAUGUUCCUUUUCUGUUUUGGGAUAUUUCUCCUUCCCUCUUUUCCAAAUAUCUUAUAGUUUUGAGCCCAACAAGUGCCUCGCUUCUAGUGUUGAGAUUUUUCCUUAUGAUUGUAGCUAUUUUUGUUACCGAGCCACACAAACUCCUACGCUCAGUUACUCGAAAGCCAUCAUGCCUGAACUAGGUACAUAUUUAUCUGGCGGUCUUACUCCUGCAUUACAGGACCACCAUGAUGAACUGUAGGCGAUGUUCAAAUGCUGUAUAAUGUUGUCUUUCCUUUAUUUCCUCCAUUCUCACUUCUCUUUGUCACCACUGACCAACCUGCAAGGUGGAGGAAAUAUGACGUUAGCCCCCAUAAGUGGAGUGUGGGAACUUCAAGGUGGCGUUGUAUUGCUUUCACUAACCAAAUAGAUCUGUGGAUACCUUUAUGAGAAUAAAGAAAGCAGCAUUUUAGGAGUACUCGGAAAUAGACAUUUCUCUCCAUCUUUUUUAGUUAAACCUUGACCUAAUCUAGUAAUACCUUUGAAAUAUUUACUUUAUCUAUUAUAGAAAUGAAGGAAAUAUUUGACCAAUCUUUGUGAAAAUGUUUCACUGUUCAUCUGCGCUACACUAAUUAUUCUUAAUAUUCCCUCUUCCUGCCUUUCUGUUCCCUCGUUUCCUUUUCUUUAUUUUCUCUUACCGUCCAUCCUUCCCUCCACUCAGAACCCAUCCAAUGUUUCCUAUCACAAUCCUCUCUAUGUAAAACAAGAACAGACAGAGGAUCUCUUAAAGCACAACCUUACUAAAAAUGCAUGUUUUUCUCAGGUUUGAAUAUAUUCUCAAUGGUAUAUGGUGAAAAUAUUUGUAGAUAUACAAAGAAUAUUACAGAAUUAAUUUUGCUGCUGCUUGCAUCUGAAAAACUGAAGGAAAGAGAAAAUAUCCCAAAAAGUGCCAGUGAUAGGGCUGCCGCCAUCUUUGUAUAAGGUCUGCUGUUUAGCUGUGACUGCGCAAUGUUUUUCAAUAUAGGAGAUUUUAUCGGAGAAUAUAACUAUUUAUCAUUAAUAUUAAAGCAAUAGCUCAUUAAUGAUGAGUGUGUUGAUGAACUGGAUGAGCAUAUUGUGUAAAUGUUAGAUUCACAUUUGGUGGAAUUUUGUACUUUAUUUAUUACUACUACUAAUAAUGAUUUUAAAAGUUGCAUCGCUAAACCCAAACUGUUCUGUUUUUUUUAUUUACAUUUUAUUUCAAGGCUGGUAUAUUAUCCUUUUUGUAUGUGCUCUUUUUGUAAUAAAUUGGAUAAAAUGGAA